CGGCUGGGUGCGAUAUCUGCAUUGGAUAAAUGCUCUUAUGUAGCGCUAGGGGAUUCAAAUUCAUCAAUCAGCCACUGAUGAAGCACGAAAAUGGCAGUGUCAGUCGCGAGAAGUGCAGCCAUGAGAUCCUCGAUCAUGUGCCCAGAAUCCUCACCCAACAGGUCACAGUCAAGAUGCUCCUGGCCUCUUCCGUAUUCUAUUUAUAUGGACAAUAUCGCAGCUGGUACAUCCAGCAGUUGUGAUCUUGUACCAUCUGUCAUUUGAGAGACGAUAUGACGAUAUGACGAUUAGAAAAAACCACCUUUCUCGCCCACAACUAAUGACCUGAUGCCUCCAGUUACCAGCGAAACUAGUCAUCGGUGGUAACUGCCAUACAAACAACCAGGUAGCCGUGCGCUUGAACCUUGGAAGCAACACGCUUAAACACAUGAUGUUGGUCAUGUGCUUGGAUAUAAUAGUGGAAUACCUAUUCUCCUAUUGCUAUAAAAGAGCAGUCUACCUCGUUUGUUUAUCCGUGCGUAUUGACCAAUGUUUCAUGCUUAAAGGGAAUGCUGGAUCUAAAAAUGCUGAACAAGAGAUUUCUACCUUUGUCUAAAGACUUUCGCCUGCGCAACUAUUAUACUAGAAAAGCCGACCUGGUUGAUUUAUCACCGCUGUCUGCCAUUUUAUACAAGGGGGCUAUGGAGGAUCUUUCAAAGGAGAUAUUCGACGCAAUCAGGGACCAUCACACCUCGUUUGGCAGCCUGGUUGCCAAGCGCGUCCCGCUAUGCCUUCCCCCCCGCACUGAUACGCCAGCGCUCUACGCGUUUGGAAUAUCCCGUUUUGCAGAAAUAUACUUCGCCUUUGAAGAAGCCUGGCUUUCUCAGUUAUCUCAGUUACCAUCCGUCAGCAGCACCAGCAGCCCAGAUGAAUAUGAGAUUCUGGAUUCGUUCGUAAAUGACGACAGAGGCAGAAUCAGAAGCAUCUUGAGCCAGUUAUAUAUCCCCGAGCUGCUACGCAGCGAGAAGUUGCGAUCGGAUUUGCGUGCAUUGGGUUGGUCGUCCGGUACGGAGGAUUCAGGCCAGGAUACCCCUAGGGACAACUAUUCAUCGAACAACAAGGAUGAUGAUGACGAUGCGUACGGCAACGCCGCAACGGCCUUUGCAGCCCACAUCAAAUCCGCCACAGCGGAACACCCUCACCUAAUCAUGGUUUACGCAUGGAUAAUGUAUUUAAUACUGCUCAACGGGGGACGUCGAAUCCGCACGAAACUCGCAGCGGGGGGCCAUGAUUUCUGGAAGACUAACCCGGAAUCCACUGAGCAUGGCGACGGCGAUAGCGGGAUCCCGAACGGGCUCACUUUCUGGUUUUUCCACCGCGACGACAAAGACCUGUACGACGACGAGGGGAUAAAACAAGAAUUUAAAGCACGGCUUCAUUCCGCCUCGAAUCUCCUCUCCGUCUCUGAACGGGCACAAAUCAUCGUUGAGGCGGUCAACAUUUUCCGACAUUGCAGCCGUAUCAUCGCUGAGAUUGACGUCGAGGUCGAACGGGCGGAGAUUGGGAAGACGGUGUCUGGUAAUGGCAACGGCAGCAGCCGUAGUAGGUCGGGUAGUGGAAUCUUUCCGUCGAUCAGGGCUAAGUUGCCCACGUUUGCCUCCGGGAUCCUGCGGCGACCAUCGGAUUCGUCGUCGGCCCAAAGGCGGACUAGAGGUGGUGCGCGUCUGCGGCCGGUUCUAAUCGGGGCCGCUGGGCUGCUAGGCGCACUGUGUGCAUGGGUGUGGUCGAUGAAUGCGGACCCCGCGCAGGGCAAGUAUGCCUUUUGGAAGAGUGGAAAUGAAACGGAUGGGGCAACCUCGUGAGCGGUUAAGUUCGAUUCGACUCUCUUCCUUUUUUUUCUUCCCCACUACAUUUGUUUAGUUCUAUUGCGUACAUGCAUAGUUGGCGUUGCUAUCUCGGCAUAAUUUGCCCCUGUAUUAUAUACCCAUUGUGUUCGUCAUUUCUGCUUUUCCUAAUACUUCCAUAUAUCAACAUCGCAUUGCAUUCUUCCCGCACCAGGUUAUAUCUUAGCAUGUUCCCCCAUUCCCCCUUUCCUGAAUGCAAUCCGGGCCUAGCCUCUUUUCCCCUCCAUCCCCUAUUCUAUUCACGCACUGAUGUAUUAGUUAACUAUUUCCGCGUCUUUCCAUAUGGAUUUGAUAACCUACCCAUCCGGUUCCUCAUUUCCCAAUUCAUGAUUCUAUACCAUUGUUCAUUUAUAGCAAGAUACCCACAUAAAUCGAACUACUUGAUUUCUUUGUCAUGUCCCCCAUAGCAUGAUUAUGUUUGUUUUUUCCCUUUUGCCUCCUCCCACGCUCUCACUAUCCAAUGGAGAGUCUUUCUUUGGUAAAUUCUUCGGCAAUUUUGAAAGUAUGAGCAUAUCAACUAUAGGUAAAGAUCUGAGGAUUGAAAGAACA